GCAGUUGCAGAAGGGGGAAGCAUUUUUGCUGGAUGGGACAAAAACAGCCAUGGAAACUACAUCAGAAGAGAACCUAGAGCAGAGCCGGGACAACAAAGGUUGCUUUGAGUGCUGUAUCAAGUGUCUGGGCGGCGUGCCGUACGCCUCCCUGGUGGCCACCAUCUUGUGCUUCUCGGGAGUGGCGCUCUUCUGCGGCUGCGGCCAUGUGGCCCUCACGGGCACCGUCACCAUCCUGGAGAACCACUUCUCCAAGAUCACCAGCGACCACGCCAUGCUCACAGACGUGAUCCAGCUCAUGCAGUACGUCAUCUACGGCAUCGCCUCCUUCUUCUUCCUGUACGGCAUCAUCCUGCUGGCCGAGGGCUUCUACACCACCAGCGCCGUCAAGGAGCUGCACAGCGAGUUCAAGACCACCAUCUGCGGCCGCUGCAUCAGUGGCAUGUUUGUGUUCCUGACCUACAUCCUGGGCGUGGCCUGGCUCGGGGUGUUUGGCUUCUCGGCGGUGCCCGUGUUCCUCUUCUACAACAUGUGGUCCACCUGCGCAGCCAUGCGGUCUCCCAUGGCCAACCUCACCUCCGUGGACUCCAUCUGCGUUGAUGUCCGACAGUACGGAAUCAUUCCAUGGAAUGCAACUCCAGGAAAGGCUUGUGGGUCCACACUAAGCGACAUCUGUAACACCAGUGAGUUCUACCUGUCCUACCACCUGUACAUUGUAGCUUGCGCUGGGGCGGGAGCCACCGUCAUUGCUCUGCUGAUCUACAUGAUGGCUACCACUUAUAACUUUGCCGUGUUGAAGUUUAAGAGUCGAGAAGACUGCUGCACUAAGUUUUAAGAGCACAGUGCCGUUUAUGCCACUGCACUGAGUAGAGAAAGCAGCCACUGACAAUACGGACUAAAAAAAAAAAAAACAGAAAAUAGAGAGAAAAACCGUGUUCCAUUUCUAUUGACAUAAUGUGUAAAUAGCAGAUUGUAUGCAUUCUUUAGUGUUUUAGACCCAGGGACAGGUUUUGGCUGGAGGGACCCCCCUUGUUAGUGUUGUCUUCAGGAUGGGAUUAGGAAGAAAUGCCGUUCUUUCCCAUUCUGGAGUACAACCACCAGGACGAGGAAAGUUUUUUUUUUUUUUUUCAUUUAUAGAAUAAAUAAAGAGAGAGAGAAAAGAAAUAGCAUGCAACAGCUGUGGGAGGAUAAGGGAGAGUGAUAAUCAGGAGUCCUUCGGAAGGUUGUUUUUUUUAGGCUUCAGUGUACAUGUCAACAUUUGGUAGUAGUGUUUCCUGCGUUACGGGAAGAGUUCUUUGUUCCUAGUGUAAAUCCGAGCUCAGAGACCCAGACUGCCGUGGCACAGUGCCUUUCUCCAUUAAUGUUUACGUUCCUCCCACCUUGUGCCAUUACUAUUUUUUUUGCAGCUGGAUUAAGUAUUAAAGUUGUCAGUAUUAUGGUAAAGCUACAUUAAAACCACGAGCAGUGCUUUUACAAUAUAGUACAAAACCGGUUAAAAGCAGAAAAAAAUAGACAUUCCUUCACAGUGGUGAAGGUCUGGGCCAGUGCCAAGUGUAUUACUUUUGUUUGACAAGCUCCUAUUUGAGAAUAUUCUCUCCUCUAUUCUAAUGUCAUUUUUAUGGGACCUUAUUCUGCCUUGAUUGCCUCAGCUGAUGAUAGGUUCAUGUUUUGUUCCAUCCAUUUUCUUUUUACUCAUCCAGAAAUUUCCAUUCAAUUGUGCCAAGUGCUCAAAUUAUUUUUGUUUUAACACAGAGCCUGCAUGCUUAUUUUCCUCAAUUCCUUAAUGUUUAUGAAUUACUGAUAUUACAUAUUUCAUGAAUAUUUAAUUUUUUCCUAAGAUUUUGAGACUGUAGUUAUUAUUUUCUCUUUCUAUACAAAAUAAACAUGCUUUGUGUACAAAAUA